CAUGUCGCCUAUCCAUUCCUUGAUUGUUUUCUGACUGUGCCUCUCGGCGGUUCCACAUCCAAUGACGCACUCUGGAAUACUCGUUUAGCUCCAGGUAUGUCUCACGUUCACUGCCUUUUCUCUCUCCCUGAUGAACCCGGGACCGCCAUGGUGAGCAUUCCAUUUCACGGUCAUUUCUACUCCCUCAAGCAUUCUCUUGGCUUCGCGCAAGUCACCCGAAUGCCGCUAAUAGCCAGGGCAAUGGGCCUUUUUGGUCGAGUUUGAUACAGCGGGAGUACAUGCGUGUGUCUCCGGAAGUAUACUUAUGUCUGGCUUGCUCUCCGCUUGGGCGUGUACGCACGCCCAAUGCUGGCGGGGCCUAUGUCUCCGGUCUCACCACUCACGACCUCAAUGCCCGCGGCUGAGCAAGUCCUACUCUGGAUCUACACCAACCCCGCGCGCCGCGUGCACGACUCCGCUUUUUACAAAUGGCACGAAGCCGAGCGCAUGCCCGCCCUCCUCGACAUUCCCGAAUCGCUCUUCCUCUCCUGCACGCGCUGGAUAGCCGCAGAUCGCAAGACGCCUACGUAUCUCUCCCUCUACGACCUGGCCCUCCGCAGUACCGUACACGACCCCGAGUAUAUUGCUCUCAACGAGAAGCACGCGCUCGAGACUCGCCGAGCCGAGUUUGUUGAGAGUCGCGUGUACGAACCGGUAGACGUGCUAUGUCCCUCGCCCACAUGGACGACUGACAGCAUCACAACGGAUGAAUACGCACCUUCACGGUAUAUCACCGUGGUGGAAGCGGACUUGGCGAUGUUCGCAGAAAGCGAGUUCUGCCGGUGGUACGACGAGGAACACAUCCCACUCCUGUCGCGCGUGCCCGGUUGGGUUCGCAGCCGCCGCUUCGUUCUGCAGGAAGUCCUCGGU